AUGAAGCUGUCCCUGCUGCUUGCCCUCCUGGGGGCCGUCUCUGCUCACCAGCUCCAUGAGGGCGCCCCGGAGCAGGAGGUACCAGCCGAGCAGGCCGAGGAGGAGCCUGGGGAGCCGGAGCCACCGUGCCCCACAGAGAGCGAGAGCUUCAGGGUGAUCGUACCUGGCCAGGGGGGCCACACCUGUCGCUAUGUGGUUGUGAACAAUUGCCAGACAUUUUGGAGAGCCCAGAAAGUGUGUGCCCGCUGCUACCACGGCCACCUGGCCUCCAUCCACAACUAUGCAACCAACCAGCGCCUGAGCUGCACGGCGCGUGCCCGCACCAACCGGGGCCAGGUGUGGAUCGGGGGCUACACCUCCCGCUGGAUCUUGCGUGUGUACCCCCGCUGGGUUGACCGCAGUGCCUGGAACUACUCCAACUGGGCCAGAGGGAACCCCUGGCGGUUUUGGAAAUCGUGUGUCGCCAUGUGCCCUGUAGGUGGUCAAUGGAGAAGCGUCAGCUGCGGGACUCGCCUGCCCUUUAUCUGCGAGUACUGA